CUCACACAUUCUUUGCUUUUCCGCGGGUCUACCUUCCUCUUCCUUCUACUCCUUCAAUAUCUUUCACACACACUCUUUCCCUUUCCGCGGGCCUACCUUUCUCUACCUCCUCUUCCUUCAUCUUCUUUCUAUCCACCCUUUUCCUCCUCCUCCUCCUCCUAUUACUACUACUACUACUACUACUACUACUACUGCUUUUCCUAAACCAUCAUCUAUUCACGCAUUUCCUUAGUCAGCCAUAAGCCCAAAAUCACGCGCGUAACUUUUUUUUUUUCUGCCCGGUUUCAAACUAAUUACAGUGCACAUGUUUCUCCGCGGAUACCUCGUCUUGGUCGCCCUCGCAGCGUCCAUAGCGGCAGCGUGGACGGCGGGGAGAACAACAGAGCGACCAGACGAAACAGACAUUACCGUGCAACCCAAGACGGGAGGCGAGGUAAGUGCUGCUGGCGGUGGCGAUACGCAUGAGCCCGACGACUAUACCGGAGGACAUGAAAGCUGGGUAAUGGAGGAGCCCGGGGGAAUACAAGGAGCCAGGCCGAAGGGAAAGGAAUGGACGGAGAGGGUGACCAAAGUAGCAUGGACACCGAGGAGAGAGGAAAGAGACUGGAAUGGUCCCGGCAAACGAAGGAGGACUAUACGUAUCUACACCAGGAGAGGAAAGAAUGUGUCAAGGAAAGGAAAAUGCCGGAAUAGCGGACGGGGAAGAGGAAGAAGUGGCAAAUGGAGAAAGAAGAGAGAAAGAUAUGAGGUUAGUGGACGAAGAGGAAGAAAUGGCAAAUGGAGAGAGAAGAAAGAAAGAUUUGAAGUUAAGGGACGAAGAGAAGGAAAUGGCAAAUGGAGAGAGAAAAAAGAAAGAUUUGAAGUUAAGGGACGAAGAGAAGGAAAUGGUAAAUGGAGAGUGAAAAAAGAAAGAUUUGAAGUUAAGGGACGAAAAGAAGGAAAUGGCAAAUGGAGAGAGAAAAAAGAAAGAUUUGGAGUUAAGGGACGAAAAGAAGGAAAUGUCAAAUGUAGAGAGAAGAAAGAAAGAUUUAAAGUUAGGGGACGAAGAGAAGGAAAUAGCAAAUGGAGAAAGAGGAAGGAAAGGUUUGAGGUUAACAGACGAAGAGAAGGAAAUGACAAAAUCAGAAAGAAGAGAGAAAAAUAUGAGGUUAACAAAGGAGGAGGAUAUGGUAAAUGGAGAAAGAGUAGAGAAAAACUUGAGGUGAACAGACGAAGAGGAAGAAACGGCAAAUCAAGAAAUAAGAGAGAAAAAUAUGAGAUUAAGAAAAACUGGAAAAAGGGAGGCAGAAAAGGAAAGACCGUGCGAAAAUAUAGUAACAGAGAGAGUAGAAAUAGGAGAGGGGCGAGGAAUGGAGACUCGGGAAGGCGUGGAAAAAGGAAAGAGACUCCAGGGAAGAGUAAUCCAAUGAAGGGGUCUUGGGCAAAGGUUAUGGAGCGAGUGGAAGAGAAGACAAAGAGAAGCGUGAAGAAGGAGAAUCAGAACCCACGUAAUGUAGGAUUCAAAGGUACGAGAAAGAAUAUAAGAACCAACGUCAGAAAUAAGAAGCUGAGACGGAGAAUCAAGUGGACAGGAAAGAGUAGAAACAAAAGAAGAUCAGGAACCGUAAGCAAAACAGUAGUGAUGAGGAAAGACAAAACGGAAAAUAUAGGUCGGAAAAAGGGAAAUAAACGGACUAGAAGGUGUAAGAGAGUAAGAAAGGGAGAUGGAAUAAGUAGAAAGGAGAAGAGAAAAAUGGAAGCCGGUAGAAAGGAAGAAGAUAAAGGAGAUAACAAGGAAAAGGACGAAGUAGUGAUUAUAACAGAAACACUAAGGAGGAACACGAAAACGGAGGGUGGGCCAAAAGUCGAAAAAAUCUGGACAAUGAACAUGACUGAAAGAACACGAAGAGCGCAGAACAUAAACACACCGCAUAACAAAACAACAGCAAAGAACGAACCAAUAAAUGAGAGAGCGGAAGAUGGAACGAGAGUGGGAACGCAAGAAACGGGAAUGAGAAAAGUGUUUAAGGAGGAAGCGAUAAAAGAGAGAGAGAAUGGAGGCAAACUAGAAGAAGAGAGAGAAGGAGGAAGGAAUACAGUUAACGGAAUAAGUGAAGAGCCAAUAAACAGAGGAAGAACGAUUAACCAAAGUCGGGGCAAUGAAUUUAUACGCGAUGGAAAACGAGGAGGAGAAAAAGGAAGAGGAAAAGUAAGUGGGCGGGAGAUGGACGAGAAGGAGGGGAAAGGAAGAGUAAGCAAAACAGGAAGAGAAAGAUUGAACAGGGGAAGGGAGAUGGGAGGAAAAACUAGGAAUGCUGUUGGGGUGUACGAAGAGAGAAAGGGAGGAGAGGGAGAGGAGCUUACGGGAUAUACAGGGAGAUUAGGAAUGGGCGGGGAAGAAAAGGGAGAAGAGAAGGGAGAAAAGAGGGCAAGGCAAAUGGAAGGUGAAAAGGGUAGUGAUAUCAAAGGAACAGUGAGGAGGAGAUUAGGGAAGAGAAGUGAAGAGAAACGGAGGAUUGAAAACGAGGGGAAGAUAGACAAGAAAGAGAAGGCUUUGAAACUGAAAGAAAAGGAAAACAACACCAAGAAACAUAUAAGAGAAAGGGAAAAGCCAAAGAGGACAAAAACAGCCUUGAAACCGAUGGAUAGAAAUGUAACGAAGAAAGGAAAGUAUAAAGACAGGAGUGAAAAUAAGAGAGGAAGAAAACAGGUGAAGAAAAGACUGGUGAAAUCGAGUAAAUCUGAAAAAGUACAAGGGAAAGAGAAAACGGAGAAGAAAAAAGACGAAUCAGGUGUUAAAACUGGAAUCAAGAAGGCUGAAGACGAAGACGAAAAGGAUGCAAUUACACAAGAGGUGAACGGAAGAGGACGAGAAGAGAACACGAAUGGGAGACUCAAGCAAAAACGGGGCGACGAAGAUCCAUCAGAUGAGGAGGUAAAAAGAGCUUUGGAAGUAAUGGAAAGGAAAAGAAAACACGAAGAAAACGAGAAAGGUAGACAAAGGAAAGAAAAAGAAGGAAACAACAGGCCAUUCCAAGAUAAUAAUGUGUACAGAAACAACUUUGAAUUGGGAAAUGGAAGAAAUAGGAAAAGAGAGGAAUUUGCUGAUAAAGACAUGGAUGAGAGAAGGAACGGAAAUAAAGAGAUAGAGAAUAAAAAUGUCACAACUCCUUCUUUUUUUGGCGUAACGAAAAGGAAAAAAGGAAGAGAGAAAGGCGGGAAUAACGCAACACGGACACAAAGGAAUGGGAGAAGUGAAAACAUGAAGCAAAGAAGAACAGAAGAAGAGAAAACGGAUGAUAAACCAAGUGAAGAGAAAAUCCUGACAGCAAUGAAGGAGGCUCUGGAAAAGAAGUUAGAGAGAAGAAAAAGGAGACGAGAGGAAUUGCAGAUGGGGAAGAGAAACGAGACGGAGGAGGAGAAGAGGAGAAAGAAUGAAGAGAAACAGCUACGGAAAGACAAAAGGAUAGUCAGAAGGGUGCGUGAGACGGAGGAAAAGAAUAUGGAAGCCUUGAGGAAGAAAGAGGAGGACAGAGAAUUGAAGAACGCCCUUUUGAGUAUCCUCGGAGAAGUGGAAGACAAAGACGGGGGAAGAAAAGAGGAUGGGAAAUCAGACGAGGUGGGAGAGAGAAGUAAAGAAGUGAAAAGUGAGGAAAUUGAAAAGAACACAUCAAGGCGGUUAGAGGAUAGGAGAUUUGGGGAAAGCAGAGAAGCAAGUAGAGCAAGACCAGGAAACGCCACGCAAAAAUCACAGAAGAAGGAAAGUGUGGCUAAAGAUCUAUUCCUUAUGCUGAAAGAGGCGGAGAUGGCGGAGAGAGGAGCAGAAGGCGAGGGGGUAUCGAAGCCCCAAGAGUUACGAAACGCACAGACUAACGAGAGUAACCUAACCAGCAAAUCGUGGGAGGAGGUGAAACAGGAGAUGGAGAGAAGAGAAAGAGAAAGGAAAAACGAGACCUUACCACGAAAAGGGACAGAUGGCAAAGGAAUGGAAGAGGAACAAGGCAAACUAAGGGAAUCAGGAGAAUUUCAAAAGGAACCUGGAACUCAAAACAAGAUCUUCAGCGGGAAAGGAACAAAAUCUAAUACCAAAGGAAUGAAACUAGAGCAUGGCGAACUAGAGGAAUCGGAAGAAUUUAAACAGAAACUCGGAACUCAAAACAAGAACUUAACCGGGAAAGAAGCAGAUGACAGAGGGAUGGAAAGAGAGCAUGCCAAACCUAGAGAACCAGAAGGAGAAUCUAAAAACACACCCGAAUCUAAGAAGGAGAAGGACGAGAAGAUCCACCACCCUUUCCCUAGCGGCCGGGUCUUCACCAACAACAAUACGUCCCCAGUGUACCUCCAGCCCACGUGGGAGUCCUCUCUCUCACUCCUCGGCGUCAAGGCAGCUUCCCAUGUGACAGCCAAGUACUUUAGCGACUCCGAGCCCACCUCCAUUACCCUGCAUAUCAAGAGGCCGCUCCAACCGACCAAAGGCGUGAACGAGACACCAGUAGCAGGGAAGGAAGCCGACGCAGGUGAAACUCUCCUACAGGUAAACGGUAAGGGCGUAAACACAGAUAUCGUGACCAAUGAGAACGUGAGACUCAACCCGGACGCCUGGAAUUGGUUCACGGUGUUCCAGAAGGAUAAAGUCUUCGCUGUGUUUCGAGCAGGAGACCAAAUCCCCGUUCUGGUGUAUGCAGCGCCGCCCUACUCCAACAUCUCCUGCACGAACCUAACUCUAGUGCAGGUCUGGUCUAGGACGGCAGCGGAGUGGGACCUGCGAGGGGACUUUUACAACGGGGAGAACGAAGCGCGUGAACCCAAGGACCCGGCCAUCAGGAAGGAGUUGACGGGGUUGCGCGGGGGUCUUCUUACGCGUCUGGGAGUGGCCGCGUUACUCAAGCUGUACGGAUGGAGUGUUGAGGACGAUGACCCCCGCCUGAUAGAUUACGGUGACUUGAGGGAGAGUAUGAUGACUGUACGACCUCUGAAGAUCGUGUUGGUGUAUUUCGGGCGAGCGGGAAGUGUUAAUGAAUCCUGGCACGAUGAAGAGAAGGUCAAACAGUUCCAUAAACACAGGAAUAUUUCAACGAUCGUGUCCUGACCUUUUCUUUGAUAGCUUUUCUCAUUUCAAGUAUUUAGUAAUCACUGUUCUUUAUAGUGUUUUGGCUCUCUUUGCUCUUCUUUUUUCCUUCUUCUUAUGCUUGUUAUUUUUUUCUUUUUAUCUUUUUCCUAAUUUCUUUUUUCAAUAUCAUCAUUUCAUCUUCUUUUGGUUUUCCUUUCUCUUCUCUUUUCUUCUUCUUCUCCUUUUUACACUUAUUAUUUUCUUCGUUUCCUUCAUCUUUUCCUAAUUCUACUUUUUUUCGUUAUCAAUUUUAUCGUAUUCCAGC